AAGCAGGAAGUUAAAACCGGUAAUAACUCCGUAGAAGAAGAAGUAAAGAUGGCGACCGCCGCGGUGAGGACGAUCGGCUCCAGUUUGAGUAAAAACCUCCGAGAGCUCCGCGUCCACCUCUGCCAGACCUCCGCGGCCAGCGGGGGGGCCAGAGACUUUGUGGAGCAGCACUAUGUGAGUCUGAAGAAAUCCAACCCAGACUUCCCGAUCCUGAUCAGAGAAUGUUCUGGAGUUCAGGCCCGAGUGUGGGCCAGAUACGGUUUCGGUAAAGAGAAGAGCGUCUCUGUGGACAACAUGUCAGCUGAUCAGGUGGCCAAAGCUCUGGAGACCCUGGUUCAGUCCAAACCUUAACCCCCCCCGCUGAAGUGGUUCAGUCCGGAUUCAGUGUGUAAAUGUGUUUAUGAAUAUAUAAUAAAGGUUAUUACUGUCACUGUGGGUUUGUUGGGAUUUAAGGAGGUUUAACUAAUAAAUCCACCUUAAACAGA